AUGGAACACAUCAUUUCAUUCUGUCCAUACCGGGCAAAUGUAUACGAUAAUGUAUCAUUUGUCCAGACCACGGAGCCUAGGGUUUUUAGGGCCAAGCCAAAAUAUGUUGACCUUGAUCGGAUAAAGCAGGGUCUCGAUGACGAAGAUUCGGACCAAGAUCCAGAACGUGAAGCUAUAGAUGAACCUGAGGCACCAUCUGGAGAGUCCAAGCCGGACGCAGAGGAAACAAAUGGCGAAGCUCAACUGGAGGGUGAAGCUCCUGUCGCCGCACCCGAAGAGCCCAGUGCUCCUAAUGAUAUGACUCCAUUGGAGCCAGAGGAUCUACCUAUGGAAGCACCACCGAGUCCAGUGGCCUCAGUGCACUCGGUGCAUUUCGAGGAACCCGCUCCUCUACCGUCAAAGUCCAGCAAGAAAUCCAAAAAGAAGGAUGCGAAGAAAGGAAAGGGUAAAGCCGGGAAAGAAUCAAAAGUCGAGAAAGCUCCGGAGCCAGAGGAAUCUGCGGAACCUGUGGAGCCCGCUGCACCAAAAGCGUCAGAGAAACCAGAAAAGGGUUUGAAAAGCAAAAAGGACAAGAGAAAGGACAAGAGUAAAGGGAAGGGUGGAAAACGAAAUCAUGCAGGAGCACCACCAACACCAGACGCAUCGGAUUCCGCUUCGCCAGUUGAAGCUCCUGUUGAGGCUGAAGCGAGUGUAGUGCCCGAAACUGCACCUGAACCAACCGCCGAACCGGCACCUACUCCUGAAGACUCGGCCGAGGCUCCACCUGAGGCCGCAGAAGUGUCAAUUGAAGCACCCGUAGAAACCGAGGAACCAGUUGCUGAAGAAACGCCAGCACCUACUCCUGAAGAGACUCCUACACCCGAAGAGCCACCCGCGCCUGAGGAGACUCCUGCUUCUGAAGAAACACCCGCUCCUGAGGAGACACCGGCAUCUGAAGAGACCCCCGCGCCAGAGGAACCACCCGCGCCAGAGGAGACUCCUGCUUCUGAAGAAACACCCGCACCUGAGGAACCCCCUGCUUCUGAAGAAGCUCCCGCACCUGCUCCUGAAGAGAAUCCCGCACCUGAAGAGACACUUGCACCCGAGGAGCCUCCUGCUUCUGAAGAAACACCCGCACCUGAAGAAGCUCCCGCGCCUGAGGAAGCUCCCGCGCCUGAAGAAGCUCCCGCACCUGAGGAGACACCUGCACCUGAGGAGCCUCCUGCUUCUGAAGAAACACCCGCGUCUGAAGAGCCUCCUGCUCCUGCUCCUGAAGAAGCUCCUCCUUCCGAAGAAGCUGUAGCUGCCGAAGAACCUCAAGAAGCAGAGGAAACGGAGGUCGAUGCGCCUCAGGACGACCCGGCUCUGCAAGAUGAAGCAGCACCCGAGGAGGAUAGCCCAGCAGAAGCAAGUCGGCCAGUUGAGGAUGCUGCCGCUAUCGGGGAAUCUGCGACAGAGGGAACCCCAGUCGUCGAAGAGCCCGUCGCUGAGGACGCCCCCGAGGAGGAACCCGCGGCACAGGAAGAUGCUGCCAUUGAAGAAACCACUGCCGAUGAGCCUGCUCCUGAAACAGCUCCUGCUGAAGAGUCACAAGAACAGGUCGGCGAAGAGCCUGCUAUUGAAGAACCGGCCGCAGGGGAGACUGUCGCGGAGGAACCUGCUGUAGAGGAGUCCACCGCUGAGGAACCUGCCGCUGAAGAGCCUGCUGCUGAAGUCACUGAAGAGGCUCCUGCUGGAGAGGCUCCUGCUGAAGAGGCCCCUACUGAAGAUCCUGCUGCUGACGAACCUGCCGCUGAUGAACCCGCGGCGGAGGAAUCUCCUGCCGAUGAGCCAGUAGCCGAGGAACCUGCCGUGGAAGAAGCUGUUGUAGGAGAGGAAGUUGCGCUAGAGCCGCCUGCCGAAGAGCCCGCUGCUGCUGAGGAACCUGCUACUGAGGAACCUGCUGCUGCUGAAGAACCUGCUACUGAGGAGCCACCUGCCGAAGAGCCAGCCGCUGCUGAAGAGCCACCCGCCGAAGAGCCCGCUGCUGCUGAAGAACCUGCUGCUGAGGAGCCACCCGCCGAAGAGCUCGCUCCUGCUGAGGAGGCUCCUACUGAGGAACCUGCUGCUGCUGAAGAGCCCGCCGCCACUGAAGAGCCACCUGCCGAAGAGCCUGCUGCUGCUGAAGAACCUGCUACUGAGGAGCCUGCUGCUGAAGAACCUGCUGCCGAGGAGCCACCCGCCGAAGAGCCCGCUACUGCUGAGGAGGCUCCUAUUGAGGAGCCUGCUGCUGCUGAGGAGCCCGCCGCCGCUGAAGAGCCACCUGCUGAGGAGCCUGCUGCUGCUGAAGAGCCCGCCGCCACUGAAGAGCCACCUGCCGAAGAGCCCGCCGCCGCUGAGGAGCCACUUGCUGAGGAGCCUGCUGCUGCCGAAGAGCCUGCUGCUGAGGAGCCACCCGCCGAAGAGCCCGCUACUGCUGAGGAAGCUCCUACUGAGGGACCUGCUGCUGCUGAGGAGCCCGCCGCUGCUGAAGAUCUACCUGCUGAGGAGCCUGCUGCUGGGGAGCCUGCUGCUGGGGAACCUGCUGCUGAGGAGCCUGCUGCUGAGGAGCCUGCUGCUGAGGAGCCUGCUGCUGAGGAACCUGCUGCUGAGGAGCCCGCCGCCGCUGAGGAGCCUGCUGCUGAGGAGGCUCCUAUUGAGGAACCUGCUGCUGCUGAGGAGCCCGCCGCCGCUGAAGAGCCACCUGCUGAGGAGCCUGCUGCUGCUGAAGAACCUGCUGCUGCCGAAGAACCUGCUGCUGCCGAAGAGCCCGCCGCCACUGAGGAGCCACCUGCUGAGGGGCCUGCCGCUGCUGAGGAACCUGUUGCUGAGCCUGCCACUGAAGAGCCUGUCGUGGAGGAAGCUGCGCCAGCGCCACCUACAGAAGAGACUCCUGCUGAAGAACCAGUUGCCGAGCCUGCUACUAAAGAACCCGCUGCUGAGGAGCCAACUGUAGAAGAAGCACCGUCAGUUGACGAAGUUAAAGCGGGAGAUACAACCACAGCUGAGGCUGACCCAGCUCCAGAAGAGCCUAUUACAGACAAAGCUAUUGUUGAAGAGCCAGAGGAAUUGCCUGCUGUUUCAGAAGAGCCUGCACCUGCAGAUUCUCCUUCAUCCCCCAAAUCUGGCAAGCGGAGACAUAGGUCAUCCAGGCACCCGCACUCUAAAGGGUCGGGCCAUCAGAGUAGCAGGGAUAAAGACGUACCUAACGAAGAAUCACGUCCUCGCCGUCCCCGACGUGAUAGUGAAAACUCAUUCAAGGCAUUCUUCAGUCCCUCCUCUCCAAAGAUGCAAAAGCCUAUGCGCCAUGAUAGCGGCUUUAGCAUUGGAAGCACGGGGACUCACCAAUCUCAGAGCAAGAAAUAUCGCACGCCGGAGGAGCAGGAAGCUCAUGACAAGCGAAAGGCAGAGCGUCGGGCGGCAAAGGCGAAAGCUGCAGAAGAAGAGAAGAUGGAAAGUGCUGUGGUUGAUGAGCCCGCCGCUGAAGUUCCAAUUUCUGCUAUCCCGAGACGUUUAUCGACAAGGAGAUACAGCAGCAAAUCAAAUCAUUCCCAUGAAAGCAAAGAGGAGGGCGAAAAACGACCAAAGACAUUGGUCACCUUAAAAGGGGAGAGUGAGGUCAAGACCCCGUUCAUGGCUAGUAGGAAACCACAUUUCAAGGAAAUUCGCCCGAAGAAGAAGUCUCCAACCACAGAUCGCCUCCGCUUCGAACUCGAUGGCGAAAAACCCCAGCCCGAUGAGCAGAACGAGCCAAGGGAGGUACAAAAAGAUGAGCGGAAAUCGCAUUCUGGAGAGAGACCGAGGUCAGAGAAACAGGAGGAUAAACCACGCUCCAGUCGCAGAAACUCCCACCGCCCUGACAGCGACAGCAGGUACAAGGAAGGCAGGGAUCGACACAGAACCGAAGAAGAAAAAGAGGCCCGGAGGGCGAGGAAAGAGGCCGAGAAACAGAUGGAACUCGCUAGGAUGGAAGUUGCAGAGGAGUCGAAGAAGCAGAAAGAGAAGGAUGAUGAGGCGAGGAGGAUUAGACAUGAACGCCGAAAAAGGAGAGCAGAGGAGGAGAAACUCCGUGAUGCUGAGGAGGCGAGACGAGCCGCUGAGAGGGAGGGUUCUGACCCGCCUUCUGAACGACCGAGGAAGAAGAGGGUUCAUCGUCGUCGACCUAUUGUGGAGGAGAAGCCUCAUGGUGCGUUGAAGAGUUUGUGGACUGUUACGAAAAAAGUGUUUGGAUGA